UGAUCUUGCCAUGAGUACUAAUCCUGAUAAGGAUCAAGGAUGUUGGCAAUUUCAAAAUGCAUAUGAAAAGAGAAUUAGAGAUGCUUUUACAUACAACAGUUAUAAUAAGUCAUAUUUUUCAAUAGAGGAAUAUGAAGGUAGUUAG